AUGGCUCCGCCAGUGCUGCAGUCACUUUGUUUCUAUUCCUGUCUUCUCUCUCCCCUUUUCCUCCUACCCACGCCCCCACACCUUUUCCUCCUACCCACGCCCCCACACCUUUUCCUCCUACCCACGCACCCCACACCUUUUCCUCAUACCCACGCCCACACACCUUUUCCUCCUAACCACGCCCCCACACCUUUUCCUCCUCCUACCCACGCCCCCACACCUUUUCCUCCUCCUACCCACGCCCCCCACACCUUUUCCUCCUACCCACGCUCCCACACCUUUUCCUCCUCCUACCCACGCCCCCACACAUUUUCCUCCUCCUACCCUUGCCCCCACACCUUUUCCUCCUCCUACCCACGCCCCCACACCUUUUCCUCCUCCUACCCACGCCCCCACACCUUUUCCUCCUCCUACCCUCGCCCCCACACCUUUUCCUCCUCCUACCCACGCCCCCACACCUUUUCCUCCUCCUACCCACGCCCACACCUUUUGCUCUUCCUACCCUCGCCCCCACACCUUUUGCUCUUCCUACCCUCGCCCCCACACCUUUUCCUCCUCCUACCCACGCCCCCACACCUUCUCCUCCUCCUACCCACGCCCCCACACCUUUUCCUCCUCCUACCCACGCCCCACACCUUUUCCUCCUCCUACCCUCGCCCCCACACCUUUUCCUCCUCCUACCCACGCCCCCACACCUUUUCCUCCUCCUACCCACGCCCCCACACCUUUUCCUCCUCCUCCCACGCCCCCACACCUUUUGCUCCUCCUACCCUCGCCCCCACACCUUUUCCUCCUCCUGCCCUGGCCCCCACACCUUUUCCUCCUCCUACCCUCGCCCCCACACCUUUUCCUCCUCCUAACCACGCCCCCACACCUGUUCCCUCAUCCUCCUUUACUGUGAAUGCUUCUCGUGCCCUUUGCAGGCUGUCACGCGACGAGGACUUUUGGCCUUUGAAGCUGCAUGAAGGCGGUGCGUUGGGGGCGUGGUAG